AUGGAAUUCCCAGGACAAAACAUCUCACAGGACAACCAUACUACACUGGAGGAAUUCACCCUCAUUGGGUUUUCUGAUAUUCCCAACCUUCAAGGAUUACUUUUCGCUGUAUUUCUAAUACUCUAUAUUAUUAUUCUUAUGGGAAAUAGCCUCAUUAUCAUGAUAACUAAGGUUGACCCUUCACUACAGACCCCCAUGUAUUUUUUCAUUGGGAAUUUUUCCGUUUUGGAAAUAUGUUAUGUGUCAGUGACGCUUCCCAGAUUAUUAACAGAUCUCUGUGGACAAAAUAGAAAAAUUUCCUUUCUGGCCUGUGCUGUUCAAAUGUAUUUCUUCCUGAUCUUGGGUGCCACUGAGUGCUUCAUCCUCACUGCCAUGGCUUAUGACAGGUAUGUGGCCAUCUGUAACCCACUUCUCUACCCUGUCAUCAUGAACAACAGGCUGUGUAUUCAGCUGGCAGUUGCCUGCUGGACUGCUUCAAUUCCAGUGUACACAGGAUUCACUGCUAUACUCUUCACUUCACCCUUCUGUGGAUCUAACCAGUUGAAUCACUUUUUCUGUGAUGUCCCUCCAGUUGUUCAGCUUGUUUGUGGGGACACUUUCAUACUUGAGAUGCUGACUUACGUGAUUGCUGCUUUAGUUGUUACGAUCCCUUUUUUCUUGAUACUUGUAUCUUAUGUGAAAAUAAUCUCCACCAUCCUGAAGCUGCCAUCAGCCUCUGGGAGAGCCAAGGCCUUCUCCACUUGCUCUUCCCAUCUCAUGGUUGUGACUUUGUUCUUUGGAUCAGGCAUCAUAGUGUAUAUGAAACCCAAGUCCACUCACUCAACAGGAAUGGACAAAUUCUUUUCUCUUUUUUAUACCAUCUUGAUACCUGUGUUUAACCCCAUUAUAUAUUGUCUGAGAAACAAAGAUGUUAUGGUAGCUUUGGGAAAAUUCCUGCAGAAAUGGAUUUUGCUGUGA